UGGGAAGCUGUUGGUCUCCAGCCAGGGAUCAGCCUGCCUCUCCUCAUGUCGUGAUCAGAGAAGUUGCCCCACUCUCGAGACUUCUUUUCUGUGACUUUGUUGCAAGUUUCUACAUCCGUUGCCUAAAAAAAUCGUAGCGACACGAUGUCUUUCAUGCCGGGACAGCCGCUGACUGCUGUUGUGCAACGAAUUCAGAUCGAGAAGUUGCGACAUGGAGAGAAUCUGAUCCUGGGCUUCAGCAUCGGAGGAGGGAUAGACCAAGACCCUGGACAGAACCCCUUCUCUGAUGACAAGACGGACAAAGGCAUCUAUGUGACCAGGAUAACACCGAGAGGACCAGCAGACGUGGCGGGCUUGAGGAUGGGAGACAAAAUAAUGCAGGUGAACGGCUGGGAUAUGACAAUGGUGACCCACGAUCGGGCUCGUAAAAGACUAACGAAGAAGAACGAGGACGUGGUGCGGCUAUUGGUAACCCGGAGGUCGUUGGAGGAGGCGGUCAAACAGUCUAUGGGCAGUUACCCCAGACAGUAAUGACACUACGUACAACCACAGACUGAUGCAAUAGUCCAGGACCCAACACUCCCAUAUGCUGAGGCGCCCACACAUUCAGAUGAUGGCGUCACCGUGGCCUUUAUUACUGCGUCAAUGCAAAACUAUUAAGCAGGCCACAUCAGAACAUUUAAUAUCGAGGUCAGAUGCCUGAAUCUGCACACUACAGUCAUUGCACAAUGACCGGGUGUUCCUCCUCUCCAUACACACUCGCACUCAUCUCAAAGUUGUCCGCUUUACUUUUCAUAUAUCUUUUUGUAGCAUAUUCUUCUCUGACAUUUCGAGAGACGCAAAACAUUUUCAGAUCUACGGGGCUCAAAUGCAUUUCAGCCAAAUGCGUUCUCAAAUUAUGUGAAUACUUCACUGUGAGCCUAUAAAGGGAUUUUAUUUUCAGGCAUGAGUUUUGGGGUUUCUGGCAUCUUGUUAAAACUUACGUGAUCCAUCUUGAGCUAAAUGUAAUUUUUUGCCAACUUUCAAAUCGUUGUUGUAUGAACAGUAUUGUUGAGGAUAAGAAGCAAGGUGAUUGGUUCUGACCUUGCAUACGAUAUUGCUUCCAUAUCGCUCUUCUACACAUCGACUAUAAAUUGAUUAUAUCACAGCGUUCUUUAUUCUUUCUCACGUUAGAGAUAUCUGCUAAAUGUCCUCAUAUCCGUGCUUGAUACAAGCGUUUUGGGAGCAAAUCUACUCUUUGAUUCUUUUUGCCUCCAGCCGACCGAAGUUGGUCUCGAAGGUUUGGAUGCAUCUUACGAGAAUGUUUGUUGUGUCGUUAAUGAUGAGCGUUUCAUCUCACUUUAAUAGAAAGUGUUUUUCUGUCAUUCAGAUCAUAGCACCAAAUACCAAAGUAAAAACCAGUGCACUGUAAAGUGAUACAAAUAUGUAACGUAAUAAUCUUUUACUUUUUUUUAAGCUAAUGGCACACUUUCUAUACAGCAAACCAUAUACCUGUGUGUGUGUACACUUAUUUGAUGCAUACUGAUGUUUUUACUAAUUAUUCUUUCACAGAUGUAUCUCGUUUGUUUAUGUCUAUAACAUGAGGGAAAGUAACAUCUUCUCACUGCGUCUGCAAACGCCAUUCAAAAUGUACAUUUUCUUCUAAGUUACACUAAUUAUGUCUCAUACAAACAACAUUCCACGAGCUACUUCUGGAUUACUUUUCUCUGAUCAUCUGCAAUAUAUUCACACACAAGUGUUUCACCUUGAUCCUGUUCAGCACGUUGGUCCUUUUGUUGUGUUGAUGGAAGCAAACUCACUAGUUUCACACUGGAAUCGGCUGCAUUCACGAGUUUAUUGCCGAAGACCAAGAGUCCAAGUCGAAAAUGUAAACAUGAACCAAGCUGACCAAGUAACUUGUUUGUUAACUAGGAAUGUGAACAGCAGCCUUACAUUAAUGUUUAAUAAGUUUUUUCGUAAAGUUUCUGCAGCACAACAAUUCACUGUCUCUGAUACACGCUGCACUAAUAUUGCAGAUGAGUGAUUAAUACUAAUAAAGACAAACAUGUUGGUUUUGAAAUGCUACAGUACUGAAAGAAAUAAUUACAACACUAAUCUUUUAA